AUGUUUUCUCCUAAUAUCUUGAGGAAGUUGACCAAUUGCUCUGUGUUUGGAAAUAGGCCCUAUCCUGAGACCUCUAGGUCAUCAGGAGUACGACGGGUAAUGUAUUUUUUCAUGACCAGAUUCUUCAUUCUCACUGUCUUGGGGAAUCUGGCUGUAAUCGUUUCCAUCUCAUGUUUCAAGCAGCUUCACCCUCUGAGCAAUUUUCGCAUCCUGUCCAUGGCUGUCACAGAUUUCCUGCUGGGCUUCACCAUUAUGCGCUACAGCAUGGUUAGGUCUGUGGAGAACUGCUGGUACUUCAGCAUCAUGUUCUGCAAAGUUCAUCACAGCUUUGACCUGAUGCUCUGCUUAGUUUCCAUCUUCCACCUUUGCUCCAUUGCUGUUGAUUGCUUUUAUGCAGUCUGCCGCCCUCUACAUUACUCCAGCACAAUGACUGUCACUGCCAUAAGACAAAUAAUAGCAGUGUGCUGGUUGGUGCCUGCUGCAUUUGAUUUUGGGGUGGUUUUCUCAGAAGUUUAUGCUUCUGGAAUAGAGGGCUAUGAAAGCUUGGUUAAAUGCUGAAGUUUGUGUCCGGUUGUGUUCAACAAACUGUGGGGCACUGUUUUAUUUACAGUUGGCUUAUUUACUCCUGGCUGUAUUAUGGUAGGGAUUUAUGUCAAAAUUUUUAUAGUCUCACAAAAGCACAUGUGUGCAUUGACCCAGGUACACAAUCACACAAAAAGUGAUAUGAAAAAUCAGCUUUCUAAGAGUAAAGAUAGGAAAGCUGCCAAGACAUUGAGUAUAAUUAUGCUGGGCUUCUUAGUAUGCUGGUUUCCUUGUUUUUUUGCCAUCUUAGUUGAUCCAUUUUUAAAUUUCUCUAUUCCUUUACCUUUGUUUGAUGCUCUAAGCUGGCUCGGUUAUUUCAAUUCUUUCUGCAAUCCAUUAAUAUAUGGCUUUUUUUAUCCAAGGUUUCGGAAAGCACUUAAAUAUAUCUUAAAGGGUAAAAUAUUCAACUCGUAUUUUUGCACAACAAAACUUUUUUCUGAAGAUCGGUCACAGUAA